CGGCUCUCGAUGUCACGCGCGAACGCGAACGCGAUCGCGAACGCGAAAGCGCGCGAUGUUGACGCCGGCACGUCCCGCGCACGCGCGCUCGAGGCGACGCUCGAAAGUGCGCGCGACGCCGUCGCGACGACGUCCGAUGGUGUUACCGCGUUCGCGGAGGCGUCGAUCGUGAACUCGCGCGAUGUGAGCGACGUGCGGGCGAGAGAAACGAAAGAACACGAGCGUGAGAGCGCGCGCGAGGCGUCCGCGGCGAUUGUUCGCCGUCCGACGCCGACUGGUAAGGUGGACGUGUCCAGGCAAGAGAUGCUCGAAGCGUUGGCUCGAGAGUUGGACGAGACCGAGUCGCUGCUCGGGACGACGAAACGAACCACAGAGGGCGAACGAGCGAUGAGCGUGGCUUCUUUGUUCGCUGGUGGCGAGCGAUACGUCGCCGCGACGUCGUUCGCGACCACGUCGCGGCGCGAGGAGGCGCGAGGAGGCGCCGAAGCCGCGCCAAGCGAAACGCUGGGGCGCGAGUCUCGGCGAUGGGUUCAGCCACUGAAACGCGCGAGAUGGAGCGCAAUAACGAUGGUCAUGUGUGCGUGUGCGUGCGUGGCCGCACUGAUGUUUGCUGGUGAGACGCCACAGGCGCGCGCGAGACGACACAUACAUCUGAGCUCGCUCUCAGACAUGCUGUGCGAAGUGGCGUUCACCCCCGCGAUCGCGGAAGCAUCGAAUGACACCCCUAUCAAUCGCGUCAUCGCCGCCACGGAUCAAAUUUAUAUAUUGACGACGCAGAAUUGCGCGUCCGUAAACACCACGAUUCGCGUGCCGAAAGAAUUUGAAGGCAAGGCGACAUGCGUGAGCGGCAAGGUGCUGGACAGGUGCACGGCUGCGUCGACGGGCGUUUGGUACAAAUCUCAUUACACCCGCGUGUCCAUGUCGCACGGGAUGAUCGCGAAGCACGCGAAGGAAAACGGAUUUGAGCAUAUUACCGUCAUGGAGGAGGAUGCUGUAGUCAACGCCGACGUCGAGGUACAUUCCGAGACCGAAGCUGACCUCUUGACGCUCAUCGGCGGCGAAUUCGAAGGCGAGUCGGCGAGUUUGGGGCGCGUGAAGCUCGGCUCGGGUGGCGGAGGACCGCCGGCGUGGAAAUUGAUUCGUCCGUCGGUGCGGCCGCACUUAUUUGAAAAGUUUGAGAUUAAAAAGUCAUCGACUGGUGGGAUGGUGGAAGUCACCACAGCCACUCGCGACGAUUUGGUGUGCCCGACGCAGUGUCACUGCGUCAACACGCGCGCCGAGGGGCAACUGUGUCGCCUAAACGCCGGUGGGUGCGAUUUGAGGUCGAGCGACAUGUAUUUGCUGCAUAACACAGCGUACGAUGAGUUGAUCUCCGUGUUGUUCACUGGAACGGACGACACCAUCAUCGACCACUACGUCUUACAAAACGUAGACUCGGCGUGGCUCGUGCACCCAUCCAUCACGACGCAAGCAAAGUUGGACAUCGACCGCGCGUUGCAGCACCGAGUGCAGGAAUUAUUCGAAGAGAAGUGCGUGCGAUAA